AUGGACGCCACCCAGGAACAAAAACAGUACAAAAUCCAACUCCUGCUCCACAUCAACAGCGUGCUGCUGGCCCGCAUCAACCAGAUGAACAACACGCCCUCCCAGUUCCCCGCAGAACAACAACAAAACAUCACCUCCCAGUACCUCAAACGCGUCCACGCAAACCUCCAGUGCAUCUCGCAGAUCAACCAGAACCAGCCCAGCUGCAAGCCCGCGAUCCUCGAGCCCCCGCAAUUGCCCGUCCAGCAGCCCGCCCAGGACAUCCUGGCCAAACUGUACCUGUUGAUGAGCCGCGUGUUCGAGGUGUGGUGA